AUCUCCUCCCCUCCCCCUGCCUCCUCCUCGGCGUCUCCGCCCAGAUCGUUCGACUUCCUCGUCAAGCGCCUCCCCGGCACCUCCUCCGCGCGCCUCUGCGACCUCCAGCCCGGCGACCUCGUCCCCGUCGGCGGCAGCGUCGUCGGCCGCGGGUUCGAGGUAACCAGGAUCGCCGACGCCCGCGACGUCCUCGUCUUCGCCACCGGAUCCGGGAUCAGUCCAAUCCGGUCACUCAUUGAGUCAGGUUUUGGUGAAAAUGAGAAGAUUGAUGUAAGCCUCUUUUAUGGGGUUAGAAACCUUCAAAGGAUGGCUUAUCAGGAAAGGUUCAGUGACUGGGAAUCGAGAGGAAUAAAAAUUAUACCUGUUCUCUCUAGACCAGAUGAGCAGUGGACUGGCCAGCGUGGCUAUGUUCAGAAUGCCUUUUCAAGGGCAAAGAAAGUUAUAAAUCCAUCAUCAACGGGAGCGAUUUUGUGUGGACAUAAACAGAUGACUGAGGAAAUUACUAGAGCUCUUGUUGCUGAUGGUAUGCCCAAAGAUCAAAUCCUAACAAACUUCUGAGUUCUAGGACACCUUUCUUGCCUUUCUGGCUGUUGUACACUUACUUACCACCGCAAUCUAGUGGCUCUUGUUUACAGCAAAUGUGAUGCGACUUAGGGUCGCGAAAAAGAUACUGCUACGUACUAACAAAUAAGGGCAACUCAUUUUCCUUCACGCUGUGAGUUGCCCAUCAACCAUUGGAUGCUGAUAUCCUGAUAUAUAUUAAUCUCAAGCAAGAAGAAAAAUGCUUGGUGGUACCCUGAGACAGUAGUAUUCCCCUGGAAGGUGCUGAUGCAACUCGAAAAGCCCCCUUCCAGAAAAGUAGAAGGGGACUCGGUAGGGGACAUAGGUUGUAAGUUAGUAAAAUCAUUUUUUAGUUUGUAUGCCUUGGGAUAUAAUCGGCUGCAAGUGUAUGUGCCGUGAAAUUUUGGUAUGUUUGAAGGUUGUAAUAUUUUUUGAAUUGCAUGGGUGUAUGUGUAUGUGUAUGUGGAACCUGUUCUCCCAUCUGACAGUGUGCCUGAAUUUAUGUGGAAACUGCAUUCUCGACUGACGACAAAAA